AUGAGCGACUCGGACGAUUUUUCAGACGGCUCUGAUUCAGAAUUAGAAACGGAAAUCGAAAGUGAUGACGAAGAAGAAAUGGUGUUUAUGAAUCAGCAGCCCUGGGUACGUGCCCUGCCCCCGGAGCCAGAGGACCAAGAGCCCUCCAACUUCACAGAAAAUGUUGGUCCAAAAAAUAUGCCACCAUCAGACAGCAAACCCAUAUCUUACUUUUUUCUGAUGGUGACUGUUGACCUGAUAAAUAGGAUGGUUUUAGAGACAAACAGAUAUGCCGCGCAGUUCAUUGCAAGCAAGGAUCACAUCCGGAGAUUUUCUAGGCUGCUCGAUUGGCGUAAAAUUGGAGAAGUUACAUUCAACGAAAUGAAAGCGUUUAUCGCUGUUAUUCUGAAUAUGGGGCUAAUCAGAAAGGCAAACAUUGGUGAAUACUGGCACACAACAUAUAAAAGUCAGGAAACAAGCUGGUUUCGAAGUGUAUUUAGUAGAAAUAGAUUUCAACAAAUCCUCCAGUUUUUUCACUUGGUGAAUAACGAUGACAUUCCAAAUAGAAAUGAUCCCAACUACUGUCCCGCGGCAAAGUUUCAGGUGCUUGUUGACCAUUUUAAUACUCAGUCAUCACACCAUUUAGUCCCAGAACAAAAUAUCAGCAUUGAUGAAAGUUUAAUUGCUACAAGAGGAAGAUGUACAAUGUUGCAAUACAUCCCAUCAAAAAGCGCCAAAUUCGGGGUAAAACUAUGGAUGCUUGUAGAAGCAGCAUCAGGGUACAUAUACAAUAUGAGAGUAUACAGGGUUAAGCGAUUCGACCCCACCCCUAGAGGUACAACGCAAGGUUCAUACGUAAUAAAUAUGUUACUUGAGUCGUCCAGAUUGCUAAACAAAUGGUAUCAUGUGGUUUGUGACAGUUUUUUCACGUCCAUUGAUUUGGCCAAGCAACUUCUCCGUGACCAUACAUACAUUACUGGAACACUAAAACAAAAUCGCUACAUGCCCAACAAAAUUAAAAAUCCCCAGUUAGGACAAAACGAUUCUAUCUAUAUGCGACAAGGUGAAUUAUGUCUUUGUAGUUAUAAAGAAAAAGAACACAGAAAACCGGUCCGUAUAUUAACAACAAAAGAAAAGGCAGUAACCAACAUACGCGGUAAGCCAAAAGUACUUGAAUUUUACAACAAAAAUAUGGGUGGAGUGGACCUGGCAGAUUUGAUGGUGACAUCAUACAGCAGUAACAGAAAGUCCAUGAAAGUUUGGCGUAAGAUAGUUUUUAACUUGAUACACAGGAUGGACCAUCUGUCAGAUAAAGAGGAUGCCGCUGCAAACACAGCUGCUGGGCGAGGAUUUGUCAAAGUUAAACUAAGGAAACUUCCAAGUGGCAAGCAAAAAGAAUGCUCCGUAUGUUCAGACCGUAACGGUUUUGGAGGUCGCAGGAGAACGAGGACGAUCUGUACGGACUGCCACAGAGGUCUACAUAAAGACUGUGUAAUGGAUCACUUAUGUGUGGCUGAGGACUAA